AUGAGUGAGCAACAAGCUCCUGCUCCAUCCACAGAUACAACAUCGCCAACAUUGCUUCUGAAGCUAGCACGUGUUCCUCCGCCGUUACCAAUUGUCUGUGUUAAUGGCGGAAGUCCAGAUCGUCCAUCACCAUCUCGAACAACAAAUGUUCCUGAAUUGAUGUCCACAGUUCAUCACCGCUGGCUAGAAUAUCGUAACGAAAGCAAAAACGAACGAACAAGCUCAUCAAGCUCGGAUAGUGGAAUUGCCAUUCAGUUCUCUCCACCUACUCAUCUAUCAAAUCAUUCUGUUUCCUCAAUUUCAUCGGUGUUGGCAUUAUCGCCUCCAGGCUUAUCGCCAUUAACAGUUCACGACUCAGCAUUCGGUACCCCCUCAUCUACACAGAAUCACAGCAGAUUCACCUUUGAUCAUGUGCCAUUCCAACGUUGUGAUGAUGUGCCAUUAACUAAAGCUCCCAGUUUGGAACUUUCAUUAGCCACAAGCCCUCCAUUUCCUUGUCCGGCAACAAGGUCCGCAAGUGACAGCGUUAGCCACGUUCUUAACCAAGUACGAAAGUCAAAUGACUUCGGGGGACAUCCAGUAUUACAAAGGAAACAAAGUGUCAUUCAGAGCACGUCCCUCAAAACAAUACAUAUCACACCGACUGUAAACACUACUCCCCAGCCAAAAAUUUCUUCUUCUCCAAGAAGUCCCAAUACAGCUUUAGCUUGCUCAUCAACUGGUACUCCAUCGGCUCUUAUUGGUCCUCUCUCUGUCGCUGUUGGUGAUGAACGUGUUGCUAAAGGAGCCAGCGCGAUGUUACUCGGCGCCAUCUAUCCAACUGGUUCAAGACAUUCACUUCUUUCUCCAUCACUCUCGUCACCAUUAUCGUCAUCUUCAGACUCUUUCCAUCUUACAACUAACUCUCCUACUUUCCAUCGUUCACCCAAAGAAAAAUCGCCAUUAUCCACAUCAUUAGAAACAAUGGAAGAAGAUGAGAAGAAGCCAUACUAUUGCAAUAUCUGCAACAAGGAUUUCCGUCGACCAGACAUAUUGUCUAGACACAUUCGGAGGCAUACCGGAGAGAAACCAUUCGGUUGUACUGCCUGUGGAAGAUACUUCUCUCGAUCAGACCAUUUGCGAACGCAUCGAAGAACGCACACAGAUGAGAAGCCAUACCGUUGCACAAUCUGCCCUUAUGCAGCGAGAAGACGCGAUGUCUUGACACGACAUAUGAGCACACGCCACCAAUCAAAAGCUGGUCUGUCUGUCUUCCAAAAGCAUCGUGAUGUUCGAAGAUGUUUGAGCGAUGGAGAUCAAGCUUUAGCUUUGACCAUAAGCACCCCCGUUCCACGGCCGACAGUUGCUCAAAAACGGCAAAGACAUGUGACUGACGCAGUUGUUACCAAUGCUUCUCGUACAAGGCCAGAUAAAAGGAGGGGACGAACAUUUACUGAGAUAAGUGCUAUACCUGAUCAAAGCCUAGCAGAUGAGAGUCGAAUGUCUGAUAUUCCGAAACUGCACGAAAUAGAAGAUGACGUGAUAGUAGACGUUUGCGAUUUAGACGAUGAUGAGGAAGAAGACGAUCUGUAA